AUGCCAAAGUUCCGUGACACUAUUCUCCUGGCUCAUGCUUCCCGUUUGAUUAACGCUGAAGAAUUCGUGCUUCUCUACGAUUUACACAAGCCUAAAAAUCCGGUUUUACCGUACACUAACUACGAGUGUUUCGAUCUCGACAAGAUGACCGAUGAUGAAUGUAAAACUGAAUUUAGAUUUUACAAGAAUGACAUUUACAACUUGGCAGAGGUGUUUACUUUACCGGAUCGGAUCGUUUGCUACAAUGGUGUAAAUGUCGACAUGGUUGAGGCAUUGUGCACUUUUCUUAAAAGAUUUGCCUAUCCCUGUAGAUACGUAGACAUGAUACCCAGAUUUGGAAGGCCAGAACCACAAUUGUGUAUGAUCUUAAAUGCUGUUAUGAACAAGAUGUAUCAAACAUGGAACCGACUUCUCACUAAUUUGAACCAGGAUUGGUUAAGACCCGAUCAUUUAGAGGAGUUUGCCGUUGCAGUUCACAACAGGGGAGCUGCUCUUGACAACUGUUGGGGGUUUGUUGACGGUACUGUGAGGCCCAUAUGCCGACCAGGACAAAACCAAAAGUGCUUAUACAAUGGUCACAAAAAAGUCCAUGCUAUAAAGUUUCAAUCUAUCGCAGCACCCAGUGGCCUUGUUGCCAACCUGUUUGGGCCUGUCGAGGGAAAGAGACUAGAGCUGUUAGCUAGAUCUGGAGUGUUAAACGAAUUGCAACGAUUUCAGUGGACACAAAUGGGAACCCCCUAUGUAUUUAUGGAGAUCCGGCAUAUCCUCUUCGACUACAUCUGCAAGGACCUUUUCGAGGGGCUGGACUAA